ACGAGAGUUUUUUUUAUGUUAAUUAAAUGGUAAUAAGAGAGUCCGGUUCUGCGCUAUCAGUUGGGGAUUUCCUUGUUGAUGCAAUGGUAAUUUUCGUGGCACAAAUUCCGUUCUAUAACGACGUCGAUGUUCAUGCGUUCGGCGUAAAAUAAGAAUAUUAUAUCGAUAUUGAUUAGUCGAAAUGUAUCUAUAACAUGCGUCCGGAUAAAUCGUAGAUGAGCUCGAAUAAUGUGUGAAAUAUUUCCAGUUUACCAUUGACCGAACGAACGCGAGGUCAAAAAUUUAUCGAAAUCGAAAAUAUCGCACGCCAAGAGAGCUGGUUUGAUCUAAAUAGAUUCGAUCAUCGUGGAAAUAAUGUUUGUUUUAGUGUUGUUUGUAGGUUCAAUUUUGGUAAAUUCUGCUGUCGCAGAAUCGCCUGCGGACAAUGACGUGUAUUACCCCUAUCCCAUUUGGUCCAACCCCUUCGAUUGGAAGAUAUUUAAGGAAUACGGGAAAAUCCCGCAACGCAACGUCCUGAUAUCGCCGAUUAGCCUAAAAAUGAUCCUCUCCCUGCUCUAUCAAGGAUCAGCAGGAAUAACGCAAAAAGAACUCGAAGACGUCUUAGACGUCUUCGAUCAAACAGCAGCAAGGACCGAGGCUCAGGAGUUAUCUAACAGACUGCAGGUCAGAGACUCCUCCGACUACGGAGUGUUCAUGGGCACCAGGGUGUUCCUGGACAAUCACCUUCAACCCCAACAAAAAUUCUCCAGCAUCGCCAACGAGUUCUACAAAUCCGAGGUAACGCCCGUCAAUUUCAGCGACCCGGUCUCGGCGAGCGCCAACAUCAAUUCCUGGGCCAAAGAAAUAACCAAAGGGAGGAUACCCAAACUAAUCGACCCCGUGGAUCUGGAUGAGGCUAUAAUGGUGGCGGCGAACGCCGUCUACUUCAAAGGAGCCUGGCGUUAUCCUUUCGCGAACAGGACGUUCGAAGAUAAAUUCUACGUCGGGAACGGCGACACUUUCUAUACCAUUACGACGCAGUUUAUGUCGACUAAAGACAGAUUUUAUGUGCACGAUUCGGUCCAGUUGGACGCUAAAAUAUUGAGGCUGCCUUACAAAGGCGGCAAAUAUUCGAUGUUUAUCAUUUUGCCGAACUCCAAGGGAGGGCUAAGUUCAUUAAUCAACCGAAUCAGCUUGGCCUCGGUGCACAGUCUGUUGUAUAUGAUGGAUAAGCAGAUGGUGGAAGUGAAGUUGCCGAAAUUCAAGUUCGACUUCCAAGCCAGAUUCAGCAAAACCUUGCAAGAUCUCGGCCUGACGCAAAUGUUCCAAAACACCGCCAGUUUCUCGGGCAUCGUCCGCGGAAACAACACCGUUCUCAGGAAACUCGUCGUCUCCGAUAUCAUACAAAAAUCCGGAAUCGAAAUCAACGAACACGGCAGCGUCAUCUACGCAGCCUCAGAAUUGUCCAUUGGUAACAAGUUCGGGGAGAAUGAUGUGAAAUUCGAAGCGACUCACCCGUUUAUGUUCUUUAUCGAAGAACAACAGGGUUCGUUGUUGUUUAUGGGCAAAGUGGAGAAUCCAUUGAAUGGUGAAGUUUUGCCGCUCGAACCGAAACCCGCCAAACGAUUUAUGUAAUUCUAAGUACCUAAAUUGAAGUGUUUAACGCUAGUUUUUAAUUUAAAUAAACGCGAAAAAAAUU